GCCCCCCAUGACCGUGUGCCCCACGGUGAUCGUCUGCUGCUGUGCCUGCCAGGGGGUGUGGGUGAGCAGAGUCUCCCAGGGCACCGUGGACGGCUUCUACAACUACAUCCAGCCCAGCUGCCACCCUUCGCCGAUGAUGUUGUGCCGGGCCAGGGGCCAGGAGAGGUGGCCCGACCUCGCCCUCAUGAAGGCCCCCAGCACCUCCAGCCUCUGCCUUCAACCCAGCCUGGAGAGUCUCCCCCUCACCUGGUGUCCCCAGUGCCACCACCUCCCAGACAGGUGCACCAGGCCUUCCACCAGGAUGCUGCCGCUGCCCGCUCCCCAGAAUCCGGCUCUCUGCAGGAGCACCUUGUCCCUGCCUCCCCUGUAGCCCGGCCUCUCAGCA